CAGAAGCACUGCGCCCCCGUCUUGGCCAAGCUGCGUCCCCCACCGGAUAACCAGGAGGCCUACCGAGCUGAGUAUGGCGCCUUGGGCCCCCUGCUCUGCACCAACGUGGUGAAGGCCCGGGCCCAGGCAGCCGUGCAGGCCCAGCAGGUGAACCGCACCACGCUGACCAUCACCCAGCCUCGCCCGACCCUGACCUUGUCCCAGGCGGCCCAGGGAGGCAGCAGCGCCAGCCGGGCACCCAGCAUCAUCAAGGUGCCCGGCUCCAUCACCCUCCCUGUGCAGACGCUGGUCUCCACCCGGCCGGCCACCCCAACGCAGCCCUCCCCUCCGCCUACCAAGUUCAUCGUCAUGUCUUCCGCCUCUGGCACCUCCACCUCCCAGCAGGUGAUCACGCUCAGCGGUGGCCCAGCCGGCACGUCCACUUCGCCCGUCACCAGCACGGUGCCCAGCACUCAGCCCCUUGUGAAGCUGGUUUCCGGUGGGCAGGCGGCCCCCAGCCCCCCCAUCUCAGGCAGCGUCCAGAAGUACAUUGUGGUUUCUCUGCCCCCCGCCACAGAGGGCAAGGGGGGCCCCUCCCAGCUCUCCCCCUCCUCCUCUGCUCCACCCAGCCUGGGACUUGCCAGCGGGGCCCUCAAGCAGGAGCGCAGCAACAGCCCCCAGCUGCCGGGAGCUGCCAGCGCCACCACCAGCGCCACCGCUUUCCUCACCAAAGCCACCAAUGGCGGGCAGGGCUUGGUGCCCGGGUCCCCACAGCCCCCCCUCUAGACAGUCCGGGACUCCGUUCCUGCACCACGCCUCUCGUUGCUGUGGGAGGACACCUCUAGGGCCCCCCAGGACUGCCCCCCCCCCGUCCUGCCCACCUGUGUGAAAUUGGAGAGAACGCGGGGUGUGUGU